UAACAGAUUGCCGCCCCCAGAACCGCUUGCAGCCGCUGGGACGCCAGCAAUUGCAUUCCUGUUGCUUUGAAAGUACUCUAGGAGCCGGCAACGACUGCUGUACCUUCGAAACCCAGCUCCUCGCUUGGCUGCCAUGCGGCUCCUUCUCCUGCUUGCGAGCGCCGCUGCGAUAAGCAAGGCCCCGAAGAAACCAACAACCGGUCGCGCGGCGGCGCUUAGCAAGGCACCGAAGGCACCAACGACGGGACGAGCCGCAGCUAAAACCGUAACAGAGAAACCGCUCGCCCUCUCUGGCGGCGCCAAGCAAAAACAAGUCUCGUACGCCUGGGCCGUGCUCCACAACUGGCUCUACUUCCUGUCGCUGGGACUCUGCAUCCCGGUGCUGCCCAAGGUCAUCGCCUCGACCGUCAACGACGACGGCGCGGCGGUCAUCACGUCGAAAUCGGCCAGAGUCGCGGGCGAUGUGGAAGGCGUAGACAAGCUUUUGACCUUCCUCUUCGUGGGAGCGCUGGGCGCCUGUUCCGACGGCGUCGGCAGGAAGCCGCUCAUCGCGUUGUCGGCCCUGGGCUACGCGACGACGGUGUUAGUACAAGCGCGCGCCACGAAGGUCGCCCACUUCUUCGCCGCCGACGCCAUCGACGGCCUGACGAGCUGCAUGAACGCUGUUUGUGCUGCGUUUGUAGCUGAUGCCACUUCACAAGAUUCAGGAGCCGCAAGAGCUGCCGCGCUAGGCGUCUUUCAAGGUUUAUCUGUAGGAGGUGCAUUUAUAGUGGGCUUUCCCAUGGCCGCCGUCUUAUCCAAGGGCGGCCAAUAUCGGAAGCCCAUGUACCUGGCGGCGUCGUUGCAGCUCCUCAAUGCGUUCCUUGCUCUCUUCAUCACGCCGGAAAGUGCGCCUGCUUCAAAGGGCAUCAAGUGGGACGAGGCGAACCCCAUCUCGUCGUUAGGCCAGUUGGACCUCUUCAAGAAAAGUACACCUUUAAAGAAGACGGCGAUCGCCUUCUCAUUAGUGUGGCUGGGCAAUCUCGCGCUGAACGCGUGCUUCGUGCCCUACGUCGACGCGAAGUUUGGCUGGGGCCCGCAGCAGUCCGGGCCUUUAUUAGUUGUAGUGGGCCUGAUGCUGGCCGUCGUGCCCAAAUUAGUUGUUCCUAGAUUGGGCGUGGUCGGCGCGGCGAACUUCGGGUGUCUGGUCUAUGCUCUUGGUUUUAUCUGCGCGGCUCUCGCGCCGACGGGGCCGCGAUACGUCGCGGCCAUCGUCGUGUGCGGGUUCGGUGCCGUGGCCGUGCCGGCCUUGACUUCGAUUGUUGCUGGAGCGGCUGAUAGAAACUCAAAAGGAGCGGUCCUGGGCGGCCUGCAGACGCUCCAGGAGCUCGCGUCGGCCGCGGGCUACCCGUUGUAUGGAAGGUUGCUGGCGCGGGGGCUCGACGGGGACACGGGCAUUCCGGUCGGCGCGCCGUACUUCGCCGCGGCGGCGUUCCUCGUGCUCGGCGCGCUCCAGGCGCGCCGGCUCUAGAUUUGGCCGUAAGGACUAUACCUACAAA